CUCCAAUCAAUGGGGUAUGGAUACCCUGCAUACGAGCCCAAACCAGCGGAGUAUGAUCGCGUGCAUAUAGGAGAUGUUGGCAUUACCCACAGAGAUGGAUAUUUCAUACGGGUCUUCAACUGCUUCGCACAAGCUGAUCAUGGGAUCAAUGAUCAAUACGGUGUCCCUGAGAACUUCGAGCCAUUG